AUGUCAAACCCCAUGACGGAGAACGCCAGUGAUCCCAGCGAGGGAUUCGGCCAGCUCGCCAAGAACUUGGAGUUUCUUCUCGUGAAGGUCGCACAGCUCGAGGCGGUUGCUAAGAUGCAGCACGCCGCGGAUGAGAGGCUGCGGAAGAGGCUGGACGGCACCGGACUCACCGGGAGGGCCUUGACCAUUGCCUUCGAGACCGCCAAGGCGGCGGGGAAUGGCGCCAAGCUUUCCCCGGCAACUUCGACCGCGGAGAUGGCCGCGGCUAUCAUCAAAAAGGGAGGCGGGGUGCCGAAUUUCACGGACCCUAGUGCCACCACGAGCAUCUCUCAUUUGCGAUUCCCGGCAUUGAGGCUUUAA